UGUUCAUCUGACAACACUGAUCAGAGUUUCUAGAUUGUUUCUAACAAGCCAUCAAUUUUGAUGCCUUGUAAUUCUAUGAUAUGAGAUUUAUUCCAUAACGUGCAUAUUUCAUUGUAAAUAAUCAUAUAAGUUAGCAUAUAAUAAAUAUACUUAAAUAUACGACUAUAUAUCUGCAAGAAUUAGCCAUGUUAUUCUAUUCCUUCUUUAAGUCCUUGAUCGGAAAGGACGUAGUUGUUGAAUUAAAAAAUGAUCUCAGUAUUUGUGGAACAUUAUAUUCUGUCGAUCAGUACCUGAACAUAAAAUUGGCCGAUAUUAGCGUUACAGAUUCUGAGAAAUAUCCUCAUAUGUUAUCGGUAAAAAAUUGCUUUAUCCGUGGAUCUGUGGUGCGAUACGUACAACUUCCAGUAGACGAAGUAGAUAUCCAUCUUUUAACUGAAGCAGCACGCAGAGAAGCAAUGAAUGCUCAAGCAAGAUAGUUUAUAGUUAUAUUAAAUAUCAUUUAUAUGAAGAAAAUCUUUUUACUUUCCUCUAAUUAAUGCAUACAUGUUUUACAUUCUAUGUAAAAAUAAGAUAGAAAAUCAUUUAACAUUUUUCACACAAUUUUGGAAAAUGUGAAUAAUAAUGUAUUAUCCAAUACAAUUUUAAUAUAUAUAUAUGAAUCUUUAUUCAACUGUUCAGAAUUAAAUUUUGUAACAAAUAGCUGUUUUAAAAUCUUUAAAUAAUGUGUGUUUAUAUAAUUAAUCACAUUUAUUUAUUCAUUUGUGUGUGUUAUACUUUAGAAAAAUAAUUAGCAUACGAUCAGGAUUUAUAUAUUUAUCUUAUUAUUUCCAGUUUGAUAAGGUCAUAUCAUACCAGAUAUAUUUUCCCUUUAUCUCUGUAUUUUCUGGUAAUAAAGCACAGUAAACAG